UUCAUUUCGUAGGUGUGAAAUAAUUCUGGUAAUAUCAAUGAUAAUCGUUUCCCGUCGGUCAGAUGCUUAUUUUGAAUCAACCGCCGAAAUGUCUAUGAAUCGUACCGCGAGUCGCUCUUAGAUCGCUUAAUACGCGGAUAUAGCUAUAUUUUUUCAUCGACAACAACAAGAGUAACUCGUUAGUUUAGUUAUGCUUACAGCUGCUGUUGGCAAAAAUAGAAAGUAGCGAACAAAGCCAUCCCCGAGUGUAAAUGAAACGAGCGAACAGAUGUUUCCGUAUCGGAAGCGAUCACUGACAGGUGGCGACGGCUAGGCCAGAGAGAGCUAAACAAAAAGUUUUCAAACGCGCUAAACGCGGCCAACACGGUUCCGUCAAAAUUUACCCCAUUAGGUGUUUAAUAUUUUAAGAAAUUCCGCGAGUCUUUGCUACGGCCUAAAUCGGAUCGAUAAACCACUCAACACCGAUUGAAGUACAACAAAUCCUCAGUGAAUAUUCACCCUGCAAUAGUAAUAUGACAUCACACUUGAAAUUUUCUGCUAUUGACGUACCGCUGCUGCUAAGGUUCAGUGCUCGACCGGCGUUGCAUUUGUGUUUAACAGACAGUUCAUUGCACAGUUCACAAGAUCAUUGUGAAUAGAAAACAAAAAAUAUGAUCAAGGGUAAGAAGCCUGGAGAUAAGAUGAAACGGUGCGACAAGGCACCAAUACGAGUCACCGAAACGCGAAAUGGGGAUAAACAUUCUACGGAAUAUUGGACCGCCCCAGCAAGUGGAAUAAUUUACACCACCGGGCCGAAAAGAGUGCGAUCGAAGUCUGCCAAUUCAAAUUGUAAAACAGCAUCGAAACUGGCGUCGACGCGGGUCUUGAGCCCGGAAAGUGGAAAGAAAGAUUUAGAUGGAAAAGUACAGGAAAUUAGAAAAAAAGGGAGCCUUUGUUGUGUGUUAGAUGAAGAAAAUCGCGACAAUAUUCAGUAUCAGCUGCCGUCGUCACAAUUUUUGCAAACUCACGGAAGGCGGUAUGAAGAAAAAGAAUUUACCGAACAGACCAGAAAGGCGAAAAAGGUACCGAGCCUCGAUACCGAUGCGGGUAGUUCAAGAGAUCCGACUUACAUAUUGCGGAAAGAAAUACACGAUUGGAAAGUCCACGAAGCUCUGACUAACAGAGUCGAAAAUUUGCUGAGCGAAAUUGAGACAACGUCACCACCCGAAGACCGCACCAAAGCUCCGCGAACAUCGGCUAGAACUCGAAUGAAAGCUUCCGAUAAACCUCCUCCCGACUUGCGCGAAAAAAAUACUACAAACGUUAUUGGGUAAGUACUUUACUAUACUGCAGCUAUCGUAACGUGAAUGAAUUACAAUCAUGCAAAGUUCUGUUAAUUUACAAGAACACGAGGUGUGAUUACAA